CUGGGCCCAGGAGCCGAGGAAGCCCAGCUCUGGCGCGCAGAACUUCCACAUGGCUGAGUUUGAUCUGACGGCUCCAGGGCCGCUGCCCGGGGUUCCCGCUCACCCUCCGGCCACUCGCAGCCCAGACCGUGGGUCGGCCAGCCCAGCAGAAGAAAAGGGCGCAGCCGCCCCGGGGAGCUCCCCAGGGGAGAGCGGGGGACAGAGCCAUGGCUCUGCCUGGCAGGGGCGUCCUGGGGCGGAGGCGGAGGCGGAGGUCCUGUGCGACUUCUGCCUCGGGGCCAGCAGGGUGAGGGCCGUGAAGUCCUGCCUGACCUGCAUGGUGAACUACUGCCCGGAGCACCUGCGGCCGCACCAGGAGAACAGCAGGCUGCACGGCCACCAGCUGACAGAGCCCGUGAAGGACCGGGACCUGCUCGUGUGCCCGGCCCACCACAGCCCCCUGGUUGCCUUCUGCUGCCCCGAUGGGCAGUGCAUCUGCCAGGAGUGCGGCCGGGCCGAGCACAGGGGCCAUGCCUCUGUCUCCCUCGAUGCCGCCCACAGGGACAAGGAGGCUGAGCUUCGGACCACCCGGUUAGACCUGGAGCGGAAACUCAAGUUGAAUGAAAACGCCAUCGCCAGGCUCCAAGACAACCAUAAAUCCGUUCUGGUGUCGGUGUCGGAGGUAAAGGCGGUGGCCAAGGAGCAGUUUGGGAAUCUCCUUGCUGCCAUGAGGAAGGCCCAGGCUGACAUGAUGCUUUUCUUGGAGGAGAAGGAACAAGCUGCCCUGGGCCAGGCCAAUGGCAUCAAGACCCACCUGGAGUACAGGAGCGCAGAGAUGGAGAAGACCAGGCAGGAGCUGGACAGAAUCGCUGCCAUCGGCAACCCCGUGCUUUUCCUGGAGGAGUACUGCAAGUUCAAGAACAUGAAGGACGAUGCUUUCCCCAGUGUCUACAUUGGACUCAAGGACAAGCUCUCAGGCAUCCGCAAGGUCAUCACGGACUCCACCGCACACCUGAUCCAGUUGCUGCAGAACUACAAGGAGAAGCUCCAGGAGUUCUCCAAGGAAGAGGAGUACGACAUCGGAACUCAGGUGUGUGCCAUCACUGAACACAAACACUGGACCUCAGAACCGGAGCCCAGCACCAGGCAGCAGUUCCUCCUGUAUGCCUGUGACAUUGCCUUCGACCCCGACACGGCACACAGGUACCUCCGGCUGCAGGAGGACAACCGCAAGGUCACCAACACCACGCCCUGGGCGCACCCGUACCCGGGCCUACCCAGCAGGUUCACACACUGGCGGCAGGUGCUGGCCCAGCAGAGCCUCUACCUGCACAGGUACUACUUCGAGGUGGAGCUCUCCGGGGCGGGCAUCUACGUGGGCCUGACGUGCCAGGGCAUCGACCGCAAGGGCGAGGAACGCAAUGGUUGCAUUUCCGGAAACGACUUCUCCUGGAGCCUCCAAUGGGAUGGCAAGGGGUUCAGGGCCUGGCACAGUGACACGGAGACCCCACUCAGGGCCCGCCCUUGUCAGAGGCUGGGGGUCUAUGUGGACUUCCCCGGAGGCGUCCUCUCCUUCUACGGCAUUGAGCCGGAGGCCAUGACGCUGGUGCACCGUUUCGACUGUAAGUUUUCGGAGCCCGUCUACCCAGCCUUCUGGCUUUCCAAGAAGGACAACGCCAUCCGGAUUGCGGAUCUGGGAGAGGAACCCGAGAAGCCGGCACCGACCCCGGUGGAGCCUGCACCCUAGAUGCCGGGGUCCAGAGCCCAGAUCUGUGCUAACACACAGACGGGGCGGCAGCUUGCGUUUUAAGGCUGACUGGGGGGCAGAAUCCCUGCCAGCGGUUGCUGGCUUUAGAAAUCACAUGGGUCAGAGGAUGAGGGGAAGGGUCUCUGGCUGCCGCCUUGGGCUCCGUGCGGCGCUGUUCCCCACGUUUGCAAUAAUCCUCAGGCCCUAAGUCCCUCUCGCCAUCUUCUCGUGAUGUCCUGUCUGCUCGGGUGAAUGGCGCACUGUGCCCAGAGGUGGUCACCAGGAAUCCUCAGAACCGUCAGAAAGACUGCAGAGGAAUCAGAAUAAAUCGCUAACUUUACCUCGCUUCCCCUGCGUCCCCGGCACUGUCCUGAGCUCCUCCCGUGCGUCAGCCCUCGUGGCUCUCAUGGCAGCCCCGUGGGGUAGAUGCUCACCCCGUCUCCGUUUUGCAGGUGGGGAAGCUGUGGUCCGGUGGGGGUCAGUGAACUUGCUUGGGGUCACCGUGGUCACGUGGUGAGUGAGUGGCCGAGCCGGGAUUCAGACCUGGGAGGGCUGACGUUGAACUUCUAACCCCGACCCCACGCUGCCUUGCUCCUUAGACGGUGGGUGUUGUGUGCACGGGAAUAAACCACAUCAUGAACUGCGUUCAUAGGAGUAGAGCGUCUUACGGCCUCCGUCGCUUUGCACCCGCACGUCUGACCGGGCCUUGCAGCUGUGCCGUGAUGGAGAGCUCACUACCUCACCUGGAAGCUCACCUGGUUUGGGGACAGUGAGGAUUGCAGGAAUGUCUUAGUGGGGUCCGAGUCCUAUAGUCCCUGUGACCUCAGGCGACGGGGCUCCUUCCUCUCUCCUGGAGCCACCCAGACGGUGUGGACGUGUCUGAUUCCUCAUUCAAGGGCAUGAGGAAUUCUCCACGUGUUUGGGGGCAGCUCUCACACCGUCCCCCCCGGGAAUUAUUCUUGGCUUCUCACUCUAUCUCCCACUUUCCUUUGUGGUUUCCGGACCUUCUACUCCUCUGAUCACAUCCCCCUCCUUUCUUCAGACGCGCUCCCUAAGAUUAAUGAUAUACAUUCAUCAAACCCUUAGGCAAAUGACAAACUGUAUUUAAAUGGGUUUCUGAGGACAUAACCUGAGGCCCCUUUUGGGAUUCCCUGGAAAUACAACUUCUGGGUCUUUUCCGUGACCUGUGUCAAGUCAAGUCCCUUCCUCUUUGGCCAGUCUGACGGUCCUGUGUCAAGAAUACUUUACUUCAGUGUCACUCGACUCGUUUCCAGAGACCCUGCCCUACAUUUGAAUUCUAGGAUUUAUAUAGUAUAGGAUUUGAAUUUUUUAAUUGAAUUUAAAAGCUUUGAAUUUUAUUGACCUUGAAAAUAUUAAAAAAAUUUUUUAUUGGAGUAUAGUUGAUUUACAAUGUUGUAUUAGUUUCCGCUGUACGGCAAAGUGAAUCAGUUAUACAUACACAUAUAUCCACUCUUUUUUAGAUUCUUUUCCCAUAUGGGCCAUUACAGAGUAUUGAAUAGAGUUCCCUGGGCUAUACUGUGCGUCCUUAGAAAUUUUUAAAUUUGCAUUUUAAAUUUCAUCACAUCAUUGCUGCUUGCGGAGAUAGUUUUAUUCAUGACUCUGUGCCCAGUGUAAUAGCUCUCCUUCCUAGCCUGGUGUCACCUACAGAAUUGGUAACCUUUUCUUCUUAAAUCUUACUCUUGUUGAUAUACAUAUUGAUUAGGUUGAUACCUAUAUUGAUUGGACUCUUGCAGUCCUCAGCCAAUAUCUUUUGGGUUUAGCUAUUCAGUAAGUUAUGCAUCAGUAGAAUUGUUUGCUAAUGUAGCCCACCUUAUGGCCCUUUAUCCACUGCACACCAUGAAGGACUUUUCAGUGGCAGAGAUCAGGAUAUACUAUGUCAGCAUUUCCUCUCUAAUGAUGCCCUCUAGGGGGAAAGUGAGAUCAGUGUGGCUGGGUUGUUGAUUGCUCCCUACUUUCUUCCCCAAAUGCUCACAUAAUAUUUGACAAACCAUUUUGGAAUUCUGGUGUAAGUUCACACAUCAUCUGCUGUUUCCAGAAUCUACCUUUUUUUUCUUUUAAAAAAUCAAGACAACGUUGCCUGUCUUCAUCCUCCACCAUUCUCCCUAAUUUCUCAAAAUUUACUGCCUGGAUUUCAGUCACGUUGAUAAACUGUGUCAGUGUCGUGAGAUGUAAUUUGUUUAGGCCACACUCAGAUUCAUAAAAGGAACCCUUUGGGUGUCUCCUUACCUGUUUUGAACUUCAGUUCCUCUUUUUGUCCACUCAUUUUUGGUUUUAAGACCUUUCUUCUCGAGAUAGAAGAUCAAAGCAAAAUUGAGCAUUAGCAUCGCCUUAAGCGAUGGGCAUACCUUUUUUCUUCCCCUGGGUCCAAAAACUGAAAAUCGCCUAAAACAAACAAAAUAAAAAAUUAAAAAAGAUAACAAA